AUGCCGGUCCAGGAGGUUGUGGUUCCACAGCCACCUGCCUCGGAACCCGAGGACAUUGCGCCGUCAAUACAGCCCGUCGUUGGCAUUAUUUACCCUCCUCCGGAGGUUAGGAACAUUGUCGAUAAGACUGCUAGUUUUGUUGCCAGGAAUGGUCCUGAAUUUGAGGCAAGGAUCCGGCAAAACGAAUUGGGAAACCCAAAAUUCAAUUUUUUGAGUUCUGGAGACCCAUAUCACUCGUACUAUCAGCACAAGGUCAAAGAAUUCAAAGACGGCAAGGGUCAAGAGCCUACACUCGGCCAGAAAGGUGUGAGUUUGGUGGCGCAUCAGAAGCAGCAAGAAAUUCUCAAGCAAGUUGAACAACCUUUUGUUCCAAAGGAUCCGCCAGCAGAGUUUGAAUUCAUUGCUGAUCCACCUUCCAUUUCUGCUUUUGAUUUAGAUAUAGUCAAACUAACAGCGCAGUUCGUAGCUCGUAACGGACGUCAAUUUCUGACGAAUUUGAUGAACAGAGAGCAGAGGAAUUUCCAGUUUGACUUUUUACGUCCCCAGCACUCUCUGUUUCAGUACUUUACAAAACUUUUGGAGCAAUACACCAAGGUUUUAAUUCCUCCAAAAGAUUUACUCCCAAAGCUCAAAGAUGAGGCUUACAAUAUCAACAAAAUUCUCGACCAAGUCAAAUACAGGUCAGAAUGGCUCAAAUACCAAGAAUCGCAAAAGCGCAAGGAAGAGGAAGAGUUGGAGAGAGAAAGGGUAGCCUAUGCACAAAUAGACUGGCAUGAUUUUGUUGUGGUUGAAACCGUGGAUUAUCAACAAUUUGAAGUAGGAAAUUUCCCUGCUCCAACGACUCCGGAUGAGGUUGGCGCCAGAGUCUUAAUGCAGGAGCGCAUCGAAGACGGAGAGGAAGUGGAGAUGCAAAUCGAAAGCGACGGCGAGGAAGAUACGUUACCGCGCGUAGACGGCGAGAAGGAUCGUGCAAGGGAUGAUAACCGGGUACAAGACAUGGAAGAAGACUCAAGCAGCGAGGAUGAAAUUUCGCCACCAGGUGACUCACAGAAGAAAGACAAACAGGACAGUGCAAUGCAACCACCGCCUUUGCCGCCCACGCCGGGUAAUGUUGUCGUCAAAAAGGGCUACGAUCCCAAACAACACGCGGCCAAGGUGGCUAGGCCAGCAGCGCCCGACGAGUUUCUCAUCUCGCCGAUCACGGGAGAAAAGAUUCCGGCGAGCAAAGUACAAGAACACAUGCGCAUCGGCCUGCUGGAUCCUCGCUGGGUCGAACAGCGUGACAAGCAUCUGGACAAAAUGGCCCAGGAAACGGUAUUCGCACCUGGCACUGCGAUCGAGGCUAGUCUCAAACAGCUGGCCGAGCGACGUACCGAUAUUUUCGGUGUCGGUGAUGAAGAAACGGCUAUUGGUAAAAAGAUUGGCGAGGAAGACAAGAAAAAAGAAGACAAAGUUACGUGGGACGGUCACACGUCGAGUGUUGAGGCUGCCACCAGAGCCGCCAGGGCAAACAUCACGCUCGAGGAGCAAAUUCAUCAAAUCCACAAGGUCAAGGGUCUGUUGCCUGAUGAGGAGAAGGAAAAGAUCGGUCCAAAGCCGGCGAGUCGAGGAUCAGAGUUGACUCACAUGGCUUCAGCGGCCUCUAAAUCCCAAGCCACCCUAAAAGCACCACCGAAGCCCCCGGCACCAAAACCUCCAGUUGUACUUCCACAGCCACCACCUAUACAGCCUCCACCACCUCCACAAAUAGCCAUGCCAGCACCCCCUAUUCCAAUGCCGCAACCAAUGAUGCCACAGCCUCCAAUGAUGAUGAUGCCAAUGCGGCCACCUAUGGGACCACCUCCUCCACUGUUACCUCCAACAAUGUCUCCGUUUAUGCCUGGGCCUCCCAUGCAGCCUCCAAUGCCACCUCCGAUGGCCAUGAAACAUCCGUCCGAGGGAAUGGAUGAUGGCGAACCACACUCAAAGAAAUUGCGCACCGAAGAUUCUCUGAUUCCAGAAGACCAGUUCUUGAUUAUGAACAAAGGACCGGUCGUAGUGAACAUCGCGACGCCAGUAAUGACCGACAAGCCUGAAUGGAAACUCAAUGGCCAGAAUAUCAAUAUUACACUGCAGGUCACAGAUUCCGUGUCGACCGUGAAAGCGCGCAUACACGAGGUCACGGGUAUGCCACCUGGUAAACAGAAGCUGCAAUAUGAGGGAAUGUUCUUCAAGGACAGCAAUUCUCUCGCUUACUAUAAUUUGACAUCAGGCAGUGUUAUCAAUCUAUUACCCAAAGAAAGAGGUGGUAGAAAGAAGUAAAACGUAUAGGUUACA